CUGAGACUUGGAUCACUCCAGAGAACUCUGCAACUCCAGCUGCCCUGUCAUCUGCUUUUGCCUUCUCCCACUCUCCACGGCCAACCGGCAGGGGUGGUGGAACUGGCCUGCUUCUGUCUCGUUUCAUCCCGCAUCUCAGCAUGUCUCAGUGAUGUCUCGAUGUGGAUGAGUUCUCAUCACCUGAAACUCAACCCCAGCAAGACUGACCUUCUGUUCAUCCCAGGAACUACGAGCCUCCACAACAAUAUCUCCAUCUCUUUCGACAACUCACUGGUCACUCCAUCGGCAGAAGCACGAAGCCUCGGUGUAGUAAUGGAUGACCAGUUAUCAUUCUCGAGCCAUAUUGCAAAUCUGACUCGGUGCUGCAGAUUUCUCCUGUACAACAUCCGAAGAAUUCGACCGUUUCUGUCUCAGGAAGCCACUCAGGUGCUUGUGCAGUCUCUUGUCAUCUCAAGACUUGACUACUGCAACUCUCUACUGGCUGGUCUUCCACUGAGAGCCACCAAACCACUACAGUUAAUUCAGAAUGCUGCAGCACGACUCGUCUUCAAUCUUCCGAAGUUUAGUCAUGUGACUCCUUUGCUGCGUUCCCUCCACUGGCUUCCUGUUGCCGCCCGCAUCCGAUUCAAAACCCUGACGCUGGCCUACAAGGCAAAAAACGGACCAGCUCCUUCAUACUUAAUGGCGAUGGUCAAAGCCAUAUCUGCACCAAGAGCUCUUAGAGCUUCCAGUACGGCUCGGCUCGAACCUCCAUCACUCAAAACACACAGAAAACAAACAUCCAGACUCUUCUCUGUGCUGGCACCAAGGUGGUGGAAUGAACUUCCACUGGAUGUCAGAAUAGUAGAGUCACUCGCCGUCUUCAAACGUCGACUGAAGACACAUCUUUUUAAAGAGGUUCCUAGGGUUCUAAACAUGAUUAAGUUCUAUGUAUCUCUUGAUCCUAGUCUACAAACUAGCUUUGGAUAACUUAAGUAACUUUGAAGCACUGUUGUAAGUCGCUCUGGAUAAGGGCAUCUGCUAA